AAACAUGGCGGCCAAAAUUCUUGUGAGACGAACAAAAGGAAGAAAGAUGGAAAUCCUAGCCUUCUUUCCUUGUUUAUUUAAUAAGAGUCUCGUGUAACAAUACCGUAAAAUAAGCAUAUACGAAGGAAAUUUUUGUUUAGUACUAAGUUCGUGCCAAAUGGCGCCAGUAUUUCAUUUAAAAAGUCCAAUUUUAACAGACCUGUCAAGAACAAUUUCAGAAUCGAUGAAUAUUUCAACAAUUUCCAAAGUGUUACUUACUUUGCGACAAAUAAUGUUGUAAACUAUGUUAUAGAAUGUAUUGUUGAAUGCUACCUUUGGCCUUGAUAGCUUGUUCAAAUGCCGUGUGCAUUAAGAAUUGACAUGUCAGUGGCAUCUAGUUCCCUUGUUUAUGCCCGACCGUCUCUGCAAAAGAAAAAGAGUGAUGGUCCAUUCUACACUGCCAUCUUUGACUAUGAAGCCACACGAGAUGAUGAGCUCACCUUGCGUCGUGGUGGGCAAGUGGAAGUCCUGUCAACAGAUGCCAAGAUCUCUGGAGAUAUUGGCUGGUGGACUGGCAGUGUGGGAGAUAAAGUUGGGAUCUUUCCCAGUAACUUUGUUACAAAAGAACAAGAUGUCAUACGCAAAAUACCUCUCGAAAUUGACUAUAAAGAGCUCAAGUUAAAUGAUGUUAUUGGUGUAGGUGGAUUUGGGAAAGUGUUUCAUGCAACUUGGAGAGGUGAAGUAGUGGCAGUGAAAAUUGCAAAUCAAGAUCCAGAUGGUCCAGGUGCAACAGUGACAAAUGUUAGUCAGGAAGCCAAACUGUUCUGGCUGUUGGACCAUCCAAAUAUUGUCUCAUUAAGAGGAGUAUGCCUUCAAGAACCAAACUUGUGUCUUGUAAUGGAGUAUGCAGCUGGUGGAUCAUUAAGCAGGGUUUUAAAUGGACGUCAAAUCCAUCCAAGCAUUUUAGUGGACUGGGCAUUACAAAUAGCAAGAGGAAUGCGAUACUUGCAUGAGGAGGCACCUAUUCCACUUAUUCACAGGGAUUUAAAAUCAAAUAACAUUCUGAUGAGAGAGGAGAUUGUUAACGAAGACCUAACCAACAAGACGAUGAUGAUAACAGAUUUUGGCCUGGCUCGAGAGAUGUACUGCACUACGCGAAUGAGCGCUGCUGGUACCUAUGCCUGGAUGGCCCCAGAAGUUAUCAAGAACAACACAUACUCCAAGCACAGCGAUGUGUGGAGUUACGGUGUGGUACUCUGGGAGUUACUGACAGGAGAGACACCAUACAAGGGGAUAGAUCAACUCGGUGUAGCGUAUGGGGUGGCAGUCAACAAGUUAACGCUGCCUAUCCCUUCUACAUGUCCCCCCAUCCUCGCCAAGAUUAUGUCAGAAUGUUGGCAGCAAGAGCCCCACUUCCGGCCGACGUUCACAGGCGUGAUGGAGAUGUUGGAGGAAGUCUGUUCAUCUGCGUUUGUCUCCACGCCCCAUGACUCAUUCCACACGCUGCAAGAAGACUGGCGCGCAGAAAUUGAGGAAAUGUUUGAUGAGCUUCGCAGUCGGGAAAAGGAGUUACGUAGUAGAGAGGAAGAACUUACAAAGGCCGCUCUGCAACAUAAACACCAGGAAGAGUUCCUGAAGCGAAGAGAACAGGAGAUUGCUGAGCGGGAAAUCGAACUUGUGGAACGCGAGCUCAACAUCAUGAUCUUACAGCAAGUCAUGCACAAACCUCUACCAAACAAGCGACGGGGAAAGUUUAAGAAAAGCCGCCUUCAGAAGCUUGUUAAGUCUGGCAGCAAGUCAAUAAGUGAACCUUCUGACUUUCGUCACAACAUCACGGUGCAGAAGGAGGUACAGACGUCACCAUACCGGGACCGUAUCUCCAGCCCCGAGAGUCCGGCACCCCAGUCCCCAAACCACCCACCCAGGCUGCGAGCCAUAGCUUAUCCUGCUGAUGGGAUAAAGGGAAAGACGUGGGGUCCGAGCUCCGUACAGAAGGACCGACGUCAGCGUACAUCUGUGAUCAUGUCAGACGGGCGGUGGUCGAAGAGCGCCCCCAGCUUGGAGAAGAACCUCAAACACCUGGGCGGACCACAUUCCAACUUCAGUGCACUCCAGGAGAUGUGGGAUGAAGACGAAUCAUGGCCAAUGGACCUGGCUGAGGGUCGGCGUCCUGCUCUCGGCCAGAGUAAAACCCUGCCAGCAGAUACGGGUAACCUGCGACGCUCACUCUCAAUAGGGCGUGUGGGCUCCAGUCUGUGUAACAUGGCCAGUAUACUGGCGGGCGUGGCAGUAGGCUACGACAUUCGCCUCUCUAACACCUCUGGGAUUCAUCCAAAUGUGCAAGGUGCUAUUGACCCAACGUCACCAAAGUCGGACUCUUUUAUUCUCAAUCGCAGAGACGCAUACAAUUCUGCUGUGCGAGAUUUAUUUAUAGAGCCAGAUAUAGAUUAUAGAAGCUGUUAUUCUGUGACAGGCUCAGGGCAUAAUACUUUCCAUGGUUACCAGACAAAAUAUAGACCAAGUAUCCAGGAUAUUCCUGUGCAAUUCAUGGAUAGUUCCAUUUUGAAUACAUCCUCGGCUUCUUCUGGGGGUGAUGCCAGUGACUCAGCCUCUACGUCACAGUCUACCGCAACUCUAUUGCCACGUGCUUCUCCUUCCCAUCGACUGUCAUUGGGUGAGAGCGAUGAUGGUACAAUCACAAACUUGUCUCAGGACGGUCUGCUCUCAACGCACCAAGCUCUCAAACGCCAAACUUCUGAGAGCAGUUACAGCUCAGACACAUCUCGGACAACGGUCAGAUCUAAUCGACAUUCAGUGACUUUUGAAGAUGAGUUUAAUGUUAGCAAUUUAGGUAACUUAGGCUCUCGAGAAGAUAGAUAUAAAUCUCCGUCUGAUACCUCAUCAAAUGCAAGCCCUUUUCACGAAACGCCAGUAGCACCACCUAGGAGAUCAAAACAAAAUGGUGGGCCUAAAUCAGCCGAACGACCAAAAACAUUAGACCUUGCCAAUGCCAAACCAGGAAUAUUAAAAUCCACUUCCUCACACUCGUCUUCGAGGGAAUCGUCACAGGAUUCGCCACGGGCAAUGUGGGUGACGCCGUCUGAAUCGGCCGAUCGCACACCGUAUUGGUCAACGCGGUCUGGCAUGUCACCGGGCAACACCCCACCGCACAUUCUACACCAAAAGACCCUGCUUGAUAUUGACAUGGAGGGGCAAACCUUGGACCCUACCCAACCCCUUCUUGUGUUACAAAACCAACCCAAUGACUCUUCACAACAUGAGUUCAACGAGAGAUUGUGAUACUCCUUUUAUGACAGUUAUUUCUACACAUUUAUUUAUGUUCUUUCAGUUGAAGAUGUUAUAUGAUACAUUUUCUAAUUAUGUUUUAUCGCUGUUCUAAAAAAGAUUUUUCUAGUGUAAACAGAUUUUCUUUCACAUAAUUUUACAAAGCUGUUUAUCUUAACAAAAAUGAAAAUUUGUUUGAUACAAUUAUUUCUGUGACAGCUUAGUACCUUUCUUUGUGAGACAUACAUGAUUAUAUAACAUUUUUAUAUUAUUCUUAGGUUGGGGUUUUAGUAUACAAUGUAUUAACAAAUCCUUAUAAUGUUUUUAUUAACUAUUUUUGUUACAUGAUAUAAACAUUUUAAAAGUGUAUGUUUUUCCAACCAUUGAUUUUUACAUGUGAAACAUUCCGCCAUGCACUCAUGAUGUACAAUUUCCAUCUGAACCAAUAUCACAAAUUGUUAACUCGUCUGAAUAAAUGUCGAGGUAUUGUCAUAGCCAUGAGGUCUAUUUCGUUAUCGUCGUGCAAAAACUUUAACCUUUGGCGUAACUCAAAAACUGUUAAAAGUAUUUGAAUAUAACUUGGUGCAUACGUUGCUAGAGUCAAAACUCUCAUGCAUACCAAGAUCCAUAACUCUGGGUUAAAUAGUUUUUAAGUUAUUCCCCUUGUUUGACUAUAAGAACUACAAGAACAGGCGAGCAUUAGCAUUCCCUCUGUGGCUCUCUUGUUGUAUUUUUUUCCCAAGCUUAUCUUCUGACUUUGUGUGAGCUGUGAUGUGAUGAAGAAUUUGAGAGAUUAUGACUUUGCAGCUAUAAAAUAUUCUAGGGUUUUGGCUAGGCAAGGUGCUGCUUAUGGUAAUCAAAUAAUAUAUCUGUUUUGUUAAGAAAAGUUAUUGUACGAUUAUAAAUACAUGCAAACUUUACAUGAUAUUUGGCUGUUAAAAACCUAAAAUAAUUUUUAAAUUUAAACCCAUUUUCCGAUAUUUUCUGCCAAAGUUAUGAUAUUUGAGUGCGCUACAAGGGGAAAAACUACUGAGAUACUGUGAUAGCCUUGUCGUCGGCGGAGAAGUGUCAACACUUCAACCUGGACAAUAUCUCAAAAACAGUUCAAGAAGUUCAAAUGAAACUUGGUACACAUGUUGCGAGUGACAAUACACACAUGAAUAGCAAGGCUUAAUUAAUUGUUGAAUUAGGCCUCUUUUAUUAACCAAAAAUUUGCAAAAACUUUGGAUUUGACUUGCAAAAUAAAAUGCAACUUGGUACACAUGUUGCCAGGGACAAUAUGCACUUGUAUAGCAAGACCAAGAACUUUGACUUUUUGAAUAAUUUUCCAGUAAUGCUACUUAUUUCAACAAAAAAACCAACAGACUUUUGUUUGGCUCUACUCUGCGACACUCAAGUUAACCGCAGCACCCUGUCCUUUUUAAAGCCUGGCUAAAACCCUAAGAGUAUUAUGCCUUAUAUAAUUGCAACAGAGAAGCUAUUACCUCAUUUUUAAAGGCAAUUAUGAUAUGUCUUCAGGUAAAAAAUCAUGUAUGUGCCAGUAAGGAUUGAAAUUUGUUCAUUUUGACAUCUUUGUAUAAAAUGAAUUCCUUGACAUUCAACUGAGAAUUGCCGGCUAUAGCUAAAAUGAUUUGAUUAUGUUCAUUAGGUGUUUUUUUUUUUGUGCAGUUUUACGAUAUCAGCUGUCAUCAAAAUUGAGAUAUCAUUUACAAACCUGAUUCUAUAUGUUCAUAGUUAUAAUUGAAUUUUUAGCUCACCUGAGCGCCUAGUGCUCAGGUUGAGCAUUUCCCAUUGUCCACUGUCCGGUGUCCGUCAGGCGUCAAGCAUCUGGCGUCCGACAAAAAUUGCUUCAUACGACAUUUCCUCCUAAACCUCAUGGACAAUUUUGAUGAAACUUUACUGGAAUGUUUUUUGGAUGGUGCCCUUCAAAAUUGCUAAAAAUAAUAAAAUCAAUGGCAAAACAAAUAAUUUGGACCAUGUGUUCAGUUUUGAAAACAAAUAUCAAUGUUGUGCUUUGACCACUACAACAUUUGACAAUACUUGAUCAUAGUUUAAUCCCAAGUUUUAUUAUCAUGAACCAAUAAACUCAUUCACUCUCAAAACCAGAGGUUUAAAUCUUUCAUUCAGGUGACAGAUAUUAGGGCCAUCAUGGCCCAGUUGUUCUUGAAUAAGCCAGAAUAAAUAAAAAAACCAGCAACAACAGUUUUUAACAAUCUUUGAAUUGAUUUGGGCUUUCAGGCUUGUGCUUAUUUCUAUCACUUUAUCAGAAGUAGAGCUGCAAUAAAUUAUAAAGCCAAACAUUUUGGGUUAAAUAUCACUUAGGUUUAUAUGGCCAUGUGAACUUGGUCAAAUAAAUCUUUAACAGCCAUUUUAGGUUGAACCUCAUUGUUUUUUGUGGCCAUGUGAAAUUUGUCUGAUAAAUCGUUAACCAUCAUUUUGGGUUAAACACCACUUUUGUUUAUUAUGGCCAUGUGAAGUUGCUCGACAAACGUUUUAGGUGAAACAAAAUUUAUGUUUUAUGGCCAUGUGAAGUCAGAGGUUAAGCAUGCAUGUGUUAUCAAUGUGCCAAAUGUGUUUGAUGACAAAACAGAAUACAAUAAAGUGGUCUUAUGAAUAUGUGACGUUGUCAGCGAAAAUAGUCCUGUGGAGGGAUAAGUGACAUUUUCAUUGUUUGUGGAGUAUUGUGGUUCAUAAUCAGACGAUUUUAGCAAUUUUAGAAUAUGUUUAAAAAUAAUCUCUAAAUCAAAUCUACAAUAUGCUGUUUUAAUCCAAUUACUUUGAUUUAUCUUGUAUAGUUCUCUAUAAUAUGUUGACCCACACAGGAAUUAUUUUUUCUAAUGUCGUUACAUAGGUAUGCAUUACAUAGGAUUUAAACUCAGAAAUAUGGAAUUUAUGUCAUGGGCCUAUUGUAUAGACCUUCGUCAAAGUUAACCACAUGAUUAAGGAUAUUGUUUUUAUGUUUUAAUGGUGAAAUAUUUGAUAAUGUGCUUGCAUAUUUGAAUAUAAACAAGACAUACAGCUUAAAAAGUUCUCUCAAAUUUUGUUAAAAAUAUAACAGAUCAUUAAACUUGCAGAUUUGAAAGUUACAAACAAUACAAUGUUGUUAAAUUUAACAAAGUUCUGAACAAUCAGGCCAGUACCUUACAGUCUUCUUGCUGAAAGUGUUCAUGUUAUAUAUGUAAAUUCAACCAAACAGUUUUUACCAGUUAUAGACACUAACGAUCUAUUUUUUACACCAAUGUGUGGCAUGUAUCUUUAUCAAGUAUUUUGCUCAGGCCAAGAAAAAGAUUCAGUUUGUUUCCUGUUUCAUAUCCCCCCAAAAUAGGGUAGGCAGGUCUAAAAAAAAAUUUUUUUUUUAAAUUUCUUUAUUAGCCGAUUUUUAGCUCUACUGGCCAAAGGCCAGAAGAGCUUAUGCGAUGGUCAUGUGUACAUAGUAUGUGCAUCCGUGCGUCCGUGCGGUCGUUCGUCCGUGCAUCUGUAAACAAUUGCUUGUGAAUUAUGGGCCAUGAAAGUUUUAAAGAAAUGCUUUCUAUUUUUAGCCAGGUCUGCAUGAGUGAAUUCUAUUUUUAGCCAAGUGUACAUGUACAUGUAAAUUCAAGUCUAGAGUUAAGGGAGACAAUUUGCAAGUCUAGGAUUUUGAGAGACAAUUUGCUUUUUGCUUCUGCAGUUGAUUUUGUGAAUUACUCUGCCUUGUUCUUGUUGAAAGCCCAAAGGCCAUUUUUUAGCUAUAAGUUCUGUAGUUUGCGCAUUCAUCUUAACAAAAUUGGUUGUGAAUGUUUAAGUUAUGCACCUGGUGUCAUUACUGGCCACACCCAGGGUUCACAGGUUUGGUAAACAUAAAUCUGGAAAGGUUUGAAAAUCUUUUUGUGUGUUCUUGCAUCCAUCUCAGCACAAUUGAUUGUGAAUGUUUGUUCAAAUUGAUCAAUGUUGUCCUAGGAUGCCCUUGACUUUGACCUUUUGACCAACUUUUUUUAACUUUUAAAACUACAGAAAUUUUAACUAUGAGUACAGUUUUGAAAGCAUUUUUUUUUUGUUGGAUGACUUUUACUUUGCACAUGUUAAAAUAGUUCAUGCAACUAAUCUGCUUGCAAUACUUUCUGGGCUCAGAUGUUGAGCGUGCUACGCAUUCAGGUAACCCAAACACAAAACAUUAACUAUAUGUCUGUUGCCUUUUACCCAUACAUACAUGCUCUGGAUUGACAUGACCACAAAGCCAUGCCAGUAGAGCAUAGGCCCUUUUGGGCCUCUUGUUUAUUGAUAUUUUUCUGUUACCAAAAAAAUACAGGUUGAAUGUUUUAGAACAUUGAUACACUGGCCAUUAUUGUUCAAAGCCAAAACAAUUCAAACUGUUAAAAGAUUAAAAUCAGACUAAUGAACAAAUAUAUUUUGUCUAGGCAAUAAUAAUGUCUAGGAUCGGGGCAAAAAAAAUAGGAAAGGUCGGGAAACCGGAAACGAACAAAUUUUUUCUACGCCUAAGAAAGAGGUUGCGAAACAUUGUGUGUACUUGAACGUGUAACCAAACAUUCUUGGACAAGUUGCUAUUGAGUUUCAAACUUGUAUGUGAAAAAUUCUCUUUAAAUUCGUAUUUAUAGGCUCGCUGAUACUGGCAUAGAUGACUUUUCUAUUGCUAUUGUAUGUGUCAUUCUCUAAGUGUACAAUGUACACAUACCUGGAUGACGUAGUGCAUAAAAAAGUAGUCCACACAUACCCAUACAAGUAGUGUUUCGCAACCUCGCUUAUGUUCAAAGGUCAGUUAUUAUGUACUUUGUAUUCAUUGGAAGAGUAAUAUAUAUCUGGACACAAAAGUUUGCUCCGUCUUCCAGUAAUGUUGUGAGCUGUCGUUGUUUCUGUGUCCGUAUCGUACGUGUCAUCUUGUCUCAAGCUAUGAUAUGCUUUGUGCACAGUCCCAAAGUCAAAGAUGCAAUAGUAUUUUUCUUCAUUUCUGCAUAAAUUUUAUUUCUACAGUAUCUUUGUUUAAGACAAGAAGGAGUUUUCCAAUAUUAUGUAACUCAAGCCGGAAAAAAAAAGAGAUUUUUUUUUUUUUACUGAUUUUAAGCUCUUGAAAUCUCGAUUUGUCGGAUUCUUUGCUGGGAGAGAUUUUACAUCAAAACGAUAAUUUUAUACAAAAUACUAUUUUAUUGCUAGGAAUCAACAACAGUCUAGUUCAAAUUAAUGAAUAAUUUUCCUCACAAAAAAGAUAAAAGCAAAAAACAUCCUGUUGGUCCAUCAUUAAACUUUGGAGGUUUGGAUUUUUAAUACUAAAAUUAAUUAUAACUGCUUGUAGUAUAACAGCUAUUUUAAUAAAUUAACUGUGUUUAUAGGCAUUGAAGUGCUUAGCUGGAUUUUGUAAAUAAUAUUAAGUCUGAUUUAAGUUAUUUGUUCUCCGUACUUGAUAUCAUUUUUUCAGUCAUAUCAAAGUAUAUAUCUGUUUGUUUGUUGGAAAUCUAUUUAUAUCUCUACAUGUACAUAGCACCACUAGGCAUCUGCUAUAUUUAGAUUAUAUAUGCUUUUCGAUGUUAUUUCUGAGUUGUAUGUAACAGAGUAUUCUAAUUAUAGAUGUUGUUUAUAUAUACAUGCACUUUAUCUGAUAUCUGUUUCACUAAUCAGUCAAUUUUAAUAAUACUUGAGGAUAGUUCUAAAUUAUCAUUAGAAGGAAGAAAUUUUCCCUAUAAAUUUAGACCAUGUACCAGACAGAAUUAUUAUGAUUAUAUCCAUUUGACUCAAUGGCUUUAUCUUUACAGUGAAUGCCUUAAACGUAAAACAAGGUCAGCAUUUUUUCUGUCCUUAAAACUAGGGCAAUCUUGGCUGCAAUGUUAUCAAAUUAGAAUCUUAAUUGCUUGUUGUAAUCUCGAAGCGUAAAAUUGCAUAACUUUCAUUUUUAUACAUUUUACAAUGAUACUUGGAUCCAAAAUAAAAAAGAUCUAAAAAAAAACAUCCAAAAAUAUACUAAAGAAAUUGUGCUCUGUCAAAUGAAUUAUAAAACCAUAGAAAAUGUUGUUUUCACGUUACAGAUUUAUCCCGUUCAAAAACAAAAUUAUGCCCUGUUUUCUAUGAUGAAACUGACUGCUUUUAAGAACAGAAAUAUAUUUCAUAUUUUAUAAUGCUUUAACCACUCUUGUGUUUUGAGAAGAAAAAAAAACGUGGUAUAUAGCGCUGGCUUCCCCUGGUAAAUUGCCCCGGUUUUGAGAUUAGAAAAUAUGCACAAGUUUAAAUACGUUUUGGGUACACAAAGGAUAUAAGACCGUGCUUCAUUUACAAGUUUUAACUUAAACUAAAUUAAAUAAUAAAAAGAGAGCUCUAAUUUGAACUCAUGAUAAUGUGAUUUUCUUUUGCAAGCAUGUGCUUCACAUUUUACACAAACUUCGUUAUUUUCAAUGUCUGAGCCAUUAAAACAUGAACAAGUCCCAUUAAAAUGCCAAUCUAAUCAUCUACUUCCUUAAAGCAGCCCUUUUGUAUGUAAUUCUAUUUGUAGAUUGUUCUGUGUUAAAACAUAUUGUUGUUGGUAUCGGAUAAAGUGAUAUAUCUAGCUUUUAAGUGUAGAUUUUGUUAUGUUGCUGCUUUGUUAUGUAUACCCUACACAAAUAUUGUCUUUUUCAUACAUUCAUAUAUCUCUUACUGUCCUUUCGUUUCAAAUGAUGAAUGAAUGUUUAUUACCAAUCGAGGUCAAUAUUUGCUAUUUUCACAAUAUCUUGUUUUGGUAACACCGAGAAAACUUCUGGAAAAAUUGUUUCGUUUGAGGUGGACGGGCCUGGACCGAUCGAGAUUUCAAAAUUUUAUCAGCCCUGUUUUUUUUUUGGAUGCUCUGUUUUAUUGAUUUUUGGCAACACUUUAGAGUUCAGCCUCAUGCCUUUGCCAAUUUGAUCGCUGGACAUAUUCACAUUCAAUCAUUUAGAAGAGUUUCGACGAAACCGACUUUCGAAAUACGGAUUAAAGCAGCUCAAUGGCUAUUUAGUCAUUAUUUUGUUAUAUUAAGUGGGAUAUUUAGAAGCUUGUGCAGUGUUGGCUGGUUAGAAUAGUUUAUGCUCAACACUAAGAAAGUUAGCUGCACGUGGCAUGCCAACCAAAAUGUUCAGAAAACCAAAAAAAUACUUUGGUACCAAGAUCUUUGGUCUAUUUUUCUUGAAAAUUACUUUUGAUCUUUUCCAGCACAAUAUCAUAGGAACAUUGGAGCCACAACCUUUUGUUAUGAGUUAAAAAUGCUCCAAAGAAUCUUCUGAUGUUGUUCCAAUUUGUAAUCUAGCUUCGUCAAGCUGAUAUUUUACAAAACCUUAUAUUUUGACCUCUAAUUUUGACAGAGAUUAUAAAAUACUUUUGAUGCCUUAUAAGUCAACUUUAAGUGCUGUCUUUGUACUUUAAAACCUUAGUAAUGGUUAUUGCUUUUUGCAGUUUUUUGCAUUUCUAAACCAUUAAAACGGCAUUAGCCGAGGGCAGCAAAAACAAACAGUGACAUAGUGAUGGCGCGAAAUUGUUCUUUACUAGUCAGGCAUGCACAAACUACUGAAUAAUCAUUUUAAUAAAACUAAUUAAUGACUUUGUUGAAACUUGCCAAUCAUUUUUUGUUGGAAGCAUUUUAAAUGAUUAAAUCACAAUCCAUCUGGCAAUUUCAUUGGUCGAGAUAUGAGCAUAAACGCUAAAAAUAUGGAGCAACAAAUAUCCAUUAAUAAAAAAUGUUAUGUCAAAAGCCUGUGAUAUGCCUAAAAUGCAAAACAUAAAGAAAAAUAUUUUGGUUUAUAGAAGACAAACUAUUUUACGGUACCAAUAAUCAGAUUUUGAUUACAUUAUUCACAUGCAUUUAUGAAUAUGAUUGGUGAAAAAAUCCAAACAUACUUUGAAGCAAAAGGACUGGAGGAGGAUUUUUUUUAUAUUUGUUUGUUAUAUUGUUUUUAUAGAUUAAGUGUAUAUUUUGUUCAUGUGUCCAAAGACUUUCAACUUGAUGCCUUUUGUAAAUUUUGCCAAAAUGUUUACUUUUAGUUUAUGACCCAUCAAAAAGUGGUAAUUAAAAUGGAGCCUUUUGUAAGCACGUUUUGAAAGAAAAUGGUAUUGUAAAAAACAUAUCUUAUUUCUACGCUGUUUUAUUUACGACUAAUUUAGGAAUUUUUUUAUUUGUUUGAAAAACAUUUUUUGCAUUUUUUAAGUUUACAGGGAAGAUGCAGGGCUAAUCCUGACCUCAUGAUUUCAGAUUCCGGGCCGUAUUUACUAAUGUCCUGGGUCCGAGAAUGAGACUCAGGCUCAGAAAGGCAAAAUUUAAUAUUGUUGUAAAAAUGGUAUUAUAGGCGCAAGGAUGGUAAAACAGGAUGUAUGUGUUACAAAUAAUCUGUUCUACAAUCAGACACACAUCUUUCUACAAUCAGACACACAUCUUUCUACAAUCAGACACACAUCUUUCUACAAUCAGACACACAUCUUUUGUCAAAAUUAGUUCUAUUAUAGAUAUUUUGAAACAUUUAAGAAUAAUCAGUUAUCUGAGCCUCACUCUGAAACUCCGACACAAGACUUUAGUGCAUACAGACUCUGGGUGCAAAAAAGAUAUAAUACCAGGCUUAGUUUACAUAGUCUUUUUUGCUUGAUUUUUUCAUUGAAAUAGUAAUAAGUCCCUUGAAUUGGAUAUAAAUGGCUUUGAACACAAUUUCAACCACUUGGGGCAGAUUAUUUUUUUUUUUUUUUUAGCCUAUACAGUCGAUAUAAAGAGUAUACUGUAACUUUAGGCUGGAAAAAAAUAAUUUGUUUCUGCCCUGUGUGAUUUCAAUAGGGGUCGUAGCCCCUUAUCCCUGUUUUGUGCAUAAAUCCCUUAUACUCGAACUAAAUUUUCAGGAAUUUUAAAGAUUGGGAUUAUCAGCCAGUUAUCAUCCGUGGAUUUAUGGCAUUCUAGUUUUACAUUUAUCAUUUUUUUGUAUAUCUUUAAUGAAAUCUUGAAAAUGACCUUUUUGAUAUGAUAUUAAUGAUACCGUAAUAAAAUAUAGUGAUUUAUCUCAAUGAUGGGUAACACUUACUAACAGAUAGUUUCUAUUAUAUAAGGAUUUAUUUUGUUAAUGGCUUACUAAUGCAACUCUGUAUCCAUUUUGUAUCAUCUUUGUCAAGCAUCUCUGUGAACAAAGUUUCUUAAGGCAGACCAAAUUAAAGUCAUGAAUAUGUGA